GCGGUCGCUCUAAUAAGAUAAGCUUCGUGGGCAGUGAAAGGAACGCUAAUCUUCUCCGUUGAGCCGAACACACACAAAAACUCAGGCGGCUAUGGAGGAGGCUGUAGUUCUGUACCCAACACCAGCCAUAGGCCACCUGAUCUCCAUGGUAGAGCUUGCCAAACUGAUACUCACCCACCAGCCUUCACUCACCAUACACAUACUCAUUGCUCCUCAGCCUUACAACGCCGGUUCUACCGCUCCAUACUUAGCCGAUGUCUCUGCCACCACCCCCUCCAUCACCUUUCACUAUCUCCCCAACGUCAGUCUGCCUCCCACCUCCUUUGUCCACCAUGAAACCCUUACCUUUGAGCUCCUCCGCCUCAACAACCCCAAUCUCAGCCAAUCUCUCCUAUCUAUCUCCAAAAGCUACACCAUCCACGCGCUCAUCAUGGACUCUUUCUGCUCUCAUGCUCUCUCUGUUGCAGACAAACUCAACAUCCCUGGCUACUACUUCUACACUUCCGGUGCCGGUAUUCUCGCUUACUUCCUAUAUCUCCUCACUAUGCACAGGACCAUCACCAGAAGCUUCAGAGACCUUAACACCCCUCUUCACAUUCCUGGCUUACCACCCAUACCAUCCUCGGAUACGCCGAAACCAUUACUUGACCGUAAUGAAAAGAUCUAUGAGAACAUUCUGGACUGCUCACUCAGCAUGGUUAAAUCAGCAGGAAUAAUUGUCAACACUUUUGAAUCACUGGAGCCAAGAGUUAUCAAAGCAAUAUCAGCUGGGCUAUGCGUCCCGGAAGAUCCCACGCCGCCUAUUUAUUGCCUGGGACCACUUAUAGCACCUAGUAGUAAUGAAAGAAGUGGAAGAAGUGGUGCUGGCGACGACGCCGUGCCGGAGUGCUUAAGGUGGCUUGACUUGCAACCCAGUCGAAGCGUAGUCUUUUUGUGUUUUGGAAGCUUGGGGUUGUUCUUUGUAGAACAGCUGACGGAGAUAGCCAUAGGUUUGGAAAGAAGUGGCUUAAGGUUCUUGUGGGUGGUGCGUAAUCCUCCUACUCAAGACCAUAGCUUGGCCGUCACAGCCCAACCUGAUCCGGACUUGGAUCUGUUGCUUCCAGAGGGUUUCUUGGACCGGACCAAGGAGAGGGGCUUGGUAGUGAAGACUUGGGCUCCACAGGUGGCUGUGUUGAACCACGACUCGGUUGGUGGGUUUGUGACUCAUUGCGGCUGGAACUCCGUGCUCGAAGCUGUGUGCGCGGGCGUGCCGAUGGUCGCUUGGCCGCUCUACGCUGAGCAGAAGUUAAAUAGGGUGAUUUUGGUGGAAGAAAUAAGGAUUGCUUUGCCAAUGAACGAGUCAGAGAAUGGGUUUGUGAGUGCAAACGAAGUGGAGAAGCGAGUUAGAGAGUUGAUGGACUCGGAGGAAGGUAACUCGAUCAGGGCGAGGACCUCGUGUAUGCAAAAUGAUGCCAAGGCUGCACUCGGAGAGGGUGGAUCUUCUCGUGUGGCUUUAGCCAAACUCGUUGAGUCGUGGAAGCAGUGUUGACUUGGGUGGAAAGCUUUAUUGGCUCACAUUCAUGUGCUGCAUGCAUGUUUACUAUAAUUUACUUCUGCGAUCAUUUCCUUUGACAUUUGUAACUAAUAAUAGAUUCAAGUAUCUUGUUUAAGUA